AUGACGUGGCGCGGCCUGAGAGAUCUUCAGAAAACACUUGGCAGAAAAAGCCGAGGCUACGUUUUCGUGUUUUGCUGGGAGCAUGCCUCUGAGCUUGCUAAGCUCAAGCCUCAGUUUGAUGAGGCGGGUGUGCUCCUGGCGGUGGUGGCUGUAGGCACGCCGGAGGGUGCGCAGGCCUUCUCCAAGGCACUGCCAUUUCCGAAGGAGUGCCUCUUCGUUGAUCCGGAUCGCAAGGCUUACAGCGCACUCAACUUCCAUGGCGAUCUCGACGGUAGCGAGGGCUUGUUUUUUGAUCCCAAGGUGAUGGAGGGAGUCAAGCGGCUGUUCUUCACCAAGGUCACGGGGGAACGCAUCAAGGAGCGAGGCUUGAUGGAACCGGAGGGCAGGGCGAAGAUGAAGGAAGUCAUGAAGAACUUCGUGAUGAUCGCGCCGCCCCAGCCGCGGGAUGCGGUGCAGCAGGGCGGCACCGCGGUGUUCAAGGGUAAUAGCCUGGUGUACCUGCGUGCGGAUGAGGCCACCGCGGAUCACGCGCCUGUCUCCGAGGUGAUGGCCGCGGCUGAGUGCCCUGAAUGUACGAUCUAAAAUCAUUUUCUGGCAACGGACAACAGCUCCGGUCAAUCCGACGGCUGGAACUGGUCGAGGUGACGUCCGCGCGGCACAAGCUCGCCACCGCGCGAGACCGAUAAGACGACCAUUCCAAACGACGGGGCCGUGAGUAUCAUCCGAUGCACGCGUAGACGCUUAGACAUGUUAAACAAACACAGCUCGCAUUUUUGUCGUU